AUGACCUCAAAUGGCAAAAGAAAAAAGUUGAGGAGAAGGGUUUACGGUGGUGAUGGUGAUGGUGAAAGAAAAACAACCCCUCCUGUUGCUAUUAACUCUGGUGAUGCUACUUCCACCAACAAUAGUGCUUCUGCUGCUUCACCUAUAAUUCAUGUGGUAGAAUUCAAUCCCGCGUCUCAGUUAUUACCUAUCAAACUACAAGGUAACCUCAACUUCUCGACUUGGAAAGCGCAACUUGUGAUGCUACUCAAUGGCCAUACACUCAUGGGACAUCUUGACAGAUCAAAACUGUCACCACCAAUGACUGUUACCCGAGAUAACCUUACGAUUCCAGAUCCCAGAUACCAUAUAUGGUUCUCUCAGGACCAACUGAUCCAGCAAGCAGUGAUGGCAUCUGUCGAUCCCACCAUUGCGCCUACUGUUGGCACAACUCCAUCUUCUAAGACAGCCUGGGAAUUUCUUCACAAAGCCUCUAAAUCGGUUACAGAAUACUUACAAGAGGUUCGAAUUUUUCCUGAUACUGUCAAAGUUGUUGGUUCACCAGUACAAGAUGACAAACUUAUUGUAAAGUUUCAAAGCGGCUUGGGCCCCGAGUAUCGUGAGAUCUCUGCUUCCGUAAGAGCACGAGACUCUUUCUUGAGUUUUGAAGAAUUGUUUCACAAGCUCACAGAUCAUGAGCUUUUCCUCAAGCACCAAGACCUUGAGAAGUCAUCUUCCAAUAUCAUAGCUGCAGUAGAACAGAGGACAAACAUGCCAGCCCAGUCUAAAGGACAAUCGUCGCUUUAA